UUUGCGUGAUAAAUGAUACGGUUACAAGAUCAGUCACAAGUCGCAGUACGGAGUUGUGAUAACCCGGCAAUCAUUUACUUCCGGUUACAUUGGGGCGUGGUGAUUCACUCCACAGCAGUUCAACGUAGAAAGCAACCACGGACUCCAAUCUGCCGAAGACUAACCUCGUAAGAUGAGCACAAAAGCUGAGUUUGCAGAUGGCGCCACAUUUGUGGAAGCCAUGAAGUCAGUUCGGAGUGAUGAUACAGGCGACUUGUUCCUUGUGGUUGGACACAUAGAGGGGGACCCAAACCGCCUGGAGCUUGUGACAGUGGGUCAGGAGACGUCACAGGUUGUGGACUUCCUCGAAGAUGAUCGGGUGAUGUACGCCCUGGCGAGGUACAAGACCAAGUUUGAUAUGUCCACCACAGUCAAGUUUGUCUACUUCCGGUGGAUAGGUGAGCAGGUGCCUGUGACGAAGAAGGGUCGUUUCGGUGUGGUGCAUGGCAGCGUGGUCGAGUGGUUCAACCCGUACCACAUGAUGGUAGAGACCAGCAGCCGAGAGGACACCGAGGACAGCAAGAUCCUGCAGCAGCUUGAAGAGGCAUCAGGAACCAAGUCCAAGGUCAUUGAGAGUACGGAGGGCAGACAGGAGCGAGGCUUCACUGCCUCCCAGCUCCCAAAGCGAGGCCCCACCAACAAGUUUGGGGUGAAGGAUGUACCAAAGGAAGGGUACGCUGUGCAGGUGUCAGACUCGGUGUUUGAGGACAUUGCCGAGGUUCGCAACGAUGAGCUGCCAACGAGGUGGAUAGUGGUUCAGUACAGAGACUCUAACCCCAAGGGACCAAUAGACAGCUGUGAGAAGGGGGAUGGGGGUGUUGAUGAACUCAAGGCGUGUCUAGAGCCAGAUAAAGCCAUGUACUCGCUAUACAGGGUUUCCGAUGUCGUGGAUGAUAUUGUCACAGUCAAGUUUGUGUUCAUCACAUGGGUGGGCACCAAGGUCAAGCCAAUGGCAAAGGCGAAGAUUUCCACCCAUAAGGGCAGCAUGGAGAAGGUGUUCGGACAGGCACAUGUCACCCUGUUCGCCACCGACUUGUCCGACAUCACAGAGAAGGUGAUCAUGGAUAAGGUGACGUCGGCGUCGGGAACGCGAUCCCAUGUAAAGUAGAAGACCCAUCAGUAUCACCACAUCAUUGGUGCCUCUGGGUUAGAACAGGUCUUCAGCAACCCAUGCUUGCCCUAAAAGGCGACUAUGCUUGUCGUAAGAGGCGACUAAAGAGGUUUCACGGUACACAGCAAUCUCACAAGGAUGGAAACUCAGCUGAUGGAAGUCAAAUUAAAUGUUAUUGAUAUUCACACUCACAUUUACAAAACCAAUUUUGUUUUCAUUUGAUUUUCUACAAAACUUGAUAUUAUGGUUUAUUAUUAUUGAGCCUGUAAUAUUACAUUGAGCAAAAUCAUUCUUCCCAAAUGUCACAUUUAUUACAGUUCGAUUAGGACAUGAAACAUUUUAUGAAAAGCAACUUCUAAGCAGUUUUGUGUCAUAAUGGUCUUUAUGUUCUUCCAGGGGCGGUUGGGUAGCCUAGUGGUUAAAGCGUUCGCUUGUCAUGCCAAAGACCCAGGUUCGAUUCCUGACAUGGGUACAAUGUGUGAAGCCCAUUUCUGAUGUCCCCUGCCAUGAUAUUGCUCGAAUAUUGCUUAAAACGGCCUAAAACCACACUCACUCACUCACUCAUGUUCUUCCAAGGGACUGGUCAUUUAUUGGGAGGGAAGGGGAGAGAGCAGUUUUCUUAGAACUCUGCCAUAUGAUGCCGACCCCCCAUUUUGUGUAACAUUUCAUGCACACCCCAUAUAGUUCUGAUACAUUUUAACAACCCCCGUCUUUUGCAGUGUCAUUUUUCAUGACUCUCCUCACCACCACCCUAAUCUCACCAAGGAGCACGGGUGGCCCAGUCGUCUAAGGCGCCGUGAUUCUCUGUGCAGAUUUGCGUACCUUGGGCCUGCCAGAAACCUAUGAUUGUGGGUUCGAAUCCUGGUUCGCCCCGAUUAUGUUUCUAGGUU